GGAGCCGCGUCCUGGUCCAGCCUCACCCACCCAGAGCAAGAGGCGGAGGAACUGGAGCAGUGCCCGGGCCCGGGGGCUGCCUCCGGCCGCAGCAACGGGACGGAUGGAAGAGCUUGGCAUACAGCCUGGCGGGCAUCAGCUCCCUUGACCCAGUGGAUAUCGGACCCCAGGUGGCCCAGUUAUUUGUCCAGGUGCCCAGGGAGGAGGACCCGCCUGCAGCAUGAACCUGUGGCUCCUGGCUUGCCUGGUGGCCGGCUUCCUGGGAGCCUGGGCCCCCACUGUCCACACCCAAGGUGUCUUUGAGGACUGCUGCCUGGCCUACCACUACCCCAUUGGGUGGGCUGUGCUCCGGCAUGCCUGGACUUAUCGGAUCCAGGAGGUGAGCGGGAGCUGCAAUCUGCCUGCUGCAAUAUUCUACCUCCCCAAGAGACACAGGAAGGUGUGUGGGAACCCCAAGAACAAGGAGGUGCAGAGAGCCAUGAAGCUCCUGGAUGCUCGCAAUAAGAUUUUUGCAAAGUUCCGCCACAACACGCAGACCUUCCCAGCAGGCCCUCAUGCUGCAAAGAAGUUGAGUUCUGCAAACUCCAAACUACCAUCGUCUAAGUUUAGCAAUCCCACCAGCAGCAGCAAGAGGAAUGCCUCCCUCCUGACAUCAGCUAAUUCAGGACUGUGAGCCGACUCAUUUCUGGGAUCCAUCGGCACAGGAGGGGCCAGAUCUUUCUCCGCUAAAACCAUUGCCCUACAGACCCAGCUGUCCCCACGCCUCUAUUUUUCGGGUCAAGUCUUAAUCCCUGCACCUAGGUUGGUCCUCCCUCUCCACCCCCACCACCUCCUGUCCCUCUGGCAACUGGAAAGAGAGAGUUGACCUGAUUUUAAGCCUUUUGCCGCUCCAGGGACCAGCGUCAACCCUGGGCAGCCAGUGUCUCUUGUAGAGAAGACUUAGGAUACCUCUCUCACUUGCUGUUUCUUGCCACCCACCCUGAGCCAUCCCAGUGUGUCCCUCUGGGUCCCUGCAAAACUCUAGUCAGUUCAAGGAUGCCCCUCCCAGGUUAUGCUUUUCUAUAACUUUUAAAUAAACCUCGGGGAGUGAUGGAGUCA